GACGGCAGAAGUGAAAUUCUACGCUGGAAUGAUGACCGAACGCGGAGCCAGCUGUGGAAGAAGACGAACCGUGACAGAGGUUCAUGAUCAUGAUCAUCAUCAGCGUCAUCAGUGGCGCGAGAGUAGUUCCCGCGGUUGCGCCGAAGGGCACCAACGAGCCAGCUGUGGAAAAUGACGACGCUCGAGGCAUUACUGAUGAUAAUAGUUUCUCCGCACAACGGAUGGACAGGUAUUGGUAGCCACAUUUAGCUUCGUUGUAAAAUUGUCGCGCCGUCGUUCUGGUAAGCAGAGAAGAAGACGCCAAGAUCGUCUCGCGGCACCAACGCGCGUGGUCUCGCGUCUCGCCCCAGCUCGCGACUUCUGCACCCGCUGGCUGAAUUCGUAUAUCGCCAUUUGCAGCUUCCAACCGCCUUGAGAACGACGUCUCUACUGCCCCUGCCUUCCCUCGCUACCAGCCUAGCUGCUCCCUGACGUUCGGGCUUGACGUGUAGCCUGCGUGCAGCUCCAAGUCGUCCACGACAGUCGAGACUGCCGUCCCGGUACUGCGCCUGAGCCUUUCGCCGAAAGUCAUCUCUGGGUCAACCAUGAACCGGGUCUUAUCUGCAGAGGAACGGGCUAAUGGUUUGCAGGGGCUGCAGAAGGAGGCGCAACCGAAGCGUCGCCGUCGCCACGACCGCUUGUUCGACGCGAUGAUGGUGCUGAUCGCGCUCAUCGCAUUGCUGCUGUGCCUCGGAUUAUUCAUCCGCUACGUCAGCCGCGGUCCGCGGGUCGUCCGGAAGGAGACGGUAUCGCCGACCGUGGACCUCGGAACGCGACCACGUACCCCCACCACCACCGCCGCCGCCGCCACCACCACCGUCACCCCGGCGACGGAGGCCACCGCGGAGCACGAAGGGAGCGGCCCCCAGGAUGACGAGAGUACGGCAGAGGCCACGACUGCCAUGCCGUCUCAGCGCCCAUUGCCGAAGCCAGGCACCGAACGCUAUGCUGGGGAUCUGCCGGGGGACGUCGAACCGAAGCACUACGACGUCACAAUCGCAUUGACGGGUGAAAACCUGGCUUACCAGGCGAUGAAAGUCACCGGCAGAGCGGAAACGUCACUCGAGGUCCUGAAUUCGACCUCUAAGCUGAUCCUGAAGUCCAAGGCAAGCACCAUCAACUUGGUUGGGAUAUCUGUGCUGGAAGUUCCCGCCGCGUCCGGCGAUGAGUUGAUGGAAGUAAACAUCACGACUCUGAGCAAGAGCGACCCCUUCCUCAUCGCGGCACUCGAGACCCCGCUGGAAGCUGGAAAGUCCUACACUCUGGUGACCGAGUACGACUACGACAAGCGCGUGAAAAGCGGACCAAUCUACCUGUCGGCAGAGGUCGCCAAGAUGGAGCUCAAGAAACGCGAGGCGCACGCCGCCUUCCCGUGCUUCGAGAGGACCGGCUGGAACGUUCCAGUGGCGCUCACGCUGCAGAUUCCCAAGGGGCACUUAGCCGUCGCGAAUGCGGCCUUGGACGGACAGCCCGAAGUGACUGGUAGCAUGAUUACCAUCAAGUUCAAAGAUACGUUGGCCAUGCCUCUGGACAUGCUUGCCUGGGUGGUAUUCCCAGCAUCUCUGAAGCGGACGAAUGUCCUUCCAGGCAAGAUAGCCAUCUACGCACAAAAUAAAAAUGCGGCCCUGACGGCGUCCGCCAAGAAUGCCUUCGAGUUUCUCCCCAAAUACUUCCAGGACCCCGCGAAAGAACUGAUCACAAAGAUUGACCUGGUAUUCCCGAAGGCAUCCAAGACGCAAGAGAGCCUUGGGUUCAUUGUGCUCGAGGAGACAACCACGCCCGAGGGAAUGUGCGCGAAAAUUGCCAACCAGUGGACGCGCAUCCUCAUGAGUCAGCCAACAGGUCCCACGUGGCUUGGAUCAGCUGGUGUCUCUUACCUGUGCCGCCUGGCGGUGACGGAGGAGCACAACCUUCCAGCCGCGUUCCUGGGUGACCUAAAGGAAUGCAAGGAGACUAAUCCGACGCCGGGCACGAGGGACUUGCUGGUGUUCCGCAUGGCUCACUUCAUACUGGGUGACGCGGCGACCCAGAAGGCCCUCCAGAACUACGUGGCCGUGCGCGUGUUUAGCAGCACGACAACUGACGAAGAACUGAGCGCCUUCGGACCUGACGUCUCGAAGGAGCUUCUCGUAGCAUGGCGCAAGGAACCGUACCAGACAAACGAGCUGGCCAGGACGCUUGGGAAUACCAAGAUUAUCACCUGGAAAAAUGGACGUGACCCUCCAACGCCCUUCGCCCAGACCACCGACAACAAUGGCAUCGAGCUGCGGGCGCCCUCUGCCGUCGCAGUUACCUGGUUGAACAAGAGUAAAGCCGAUAUGACGACUUCGAUCGGCGACACGAUGCCCGUGUACGUGAACCCUUCGAUGAUGGCCUGCUACGGAAUCCAGCUGGACUCCAAAUGGUGGUCGCUGAUCGGGAAGGACAUGGAGAGGAACCAGCCGGGCGCCAUCAACGCUUGGUACCUUCUGGGCGAGGCUGCGAAGCAGUAUAAAGGAGUCGUCCGGCCGCACGACUUCACCGGCUACAUGUGGAUGUGGGCGGCACUGAAAUAUGGCGACGAGGACCUGUGGAGUGAACACGCGGUCCAGUUCGUGAAGACCGAGAGGCAGGCCUACUCCAUGGUCACCACCGAAGAGGAGGAGCGAAAGUACAAGGCACGCAUCGUGGACUUAGUACACGCCAGGAUCGGUGCAAUGACUCUAGCGAAUAUCGCUAACAGUUACAACGACAAGACGACGACCACCCUCCUCUUGGACAUGGCGUGCGAGAUUUCGAUGGAAGACUGUGGGCGCGUAAUCGUCGCUAACUUCGGCGAGGACCCCACCUUCUAUACUUCCAAAAAAUUUAAGCCCGAGCCCAUGUCCCCCGAGGCUCUGGCUUGCUAUGUCGGCUCCCAGGUUAAAACAACAGAUGACUUCGCAGCCACAAUAAAGCUAAAGUCGAUGGGCAUGGAGGCUCGAUUGUCGUUGCGCCUGACCUUCUGUGGUUGCGUGCCAAGUGCAGUUGCCCAGCAGCUCGACGCGAAAAUCAACGAAGUUUACGAUGAAGUGCUCCACAAUGCCUGGACCAGUUCAGCUGCCGCUGCCAUCCGAGUACCUCGCGGCCUGCGGGAAAGGGUGCUCUGGAUCCUCAAGAACGCGGCGCAAGCGACGGUCAACUCGUGCAAAGCCACGCUGAUAAGUGCUCAAGCGUUGCAUCUCAUCCGGACGAGGGUCGAGUUUAAAGCGGUCAAAGAGGCAGCCGAAGCUACCCCAAACCUGGCGGGCAUAAAGUUCCAUGGCAUCGAAGAUAUGCUCGUCCCGGAUGAUGCGCCGCUCCACGAUUGGAUCAGAAAUUGACCAGCCGAUACCUUGGCGGCCCAAAGCCAGCAUUGCUGGCGGUUUGGUGGACGCUGGCGUGGCGAUUAAAGCCUGUAGAAAAAGA